AUGUCAUCACCAUUUACGUCUUUGAAUAAAUAUCGUAAAUUACCUGUUUCAAAAAAUCCCAUCAUGCCAGCUAAUGACACUUUGUAUGAUGAAAAUGCUCCAUCAAUACCACAAGCAGGAAGAUCCAAUGUUUAUCGAUAUUCACACGAAGAUACUCAAUUAUUAAAUGAAGUUACCACACGUAUGGCUAUGGAUAACAUUAAAACAAGUAGAACCAUGAAUGAUUCUCGAAUUCGAGCUCCGACCGAUUUAGAUCUUCUUCAACUGACUAUGAAUCGUAUGCAAAAAGCUGAAUCAGAUGUUCGCUAUUUGACCAGUGAAGUAAAAGACAAGACACAACGUGUUGCUGUCCUCGAAGAAAAAGUUCAUCUGUACGAAAAAGCAUUACAUCAUCAGCAUGAUGAGUCGUACAAAAUACAAACUCUCGAAAAGAAAUGUAUUCGUUUGCAAUCAAUUAUUGAUCGUAUGGAGGAUCUUCUAAUUGAACGUGGUCUUGAAGUUAUCGGUGAACUCAAUGAGCCAGAUAAUGUAAAUAUUUUAACUUUUGAUGAAGCUGAUCGUGCUGAGCACGAACAACACCAAGAACGCUCAACACUCAUAUCUACACCGUUGACUUGGCGACCUGAAGAAUCCAUUCCAAAAAUAUUACUCAUUGAUUUCAACAGUAUUAUUGAAAAUAUUCGUGAACUUAACGUAUUAGCAGGUGAAAGUGAAGUACAUUUUGAACUACAGAAUACUGAUAGUCAACGACAUAUUUCAACAUUAAAACGUAUUGAACCAAUCAGUCUAAUACUCUAUGCAAAUGGAAUUUUCUUAUUUAAUGGUCCUUUUCGAUCAUACACUGAACCUUCUACUCAACAAUUUAUUCGCGAUGUACAAGAUGGAUAUUUCCCAUCAGAAUUACAAGAACGUUUUCCUGAUGGAAUACCUUUUAAUGUGUCUGAUAAACGUGAUAUAUAUUUUACUGAUGAACGUAAACAAAAAGUAUUUCAGGGUGAAGGUUAUGUUCUGCAUGAUAGCCGUGUAGUUUUUAAUAAUCAAAAUGACGAUCAUCAACCGCCAAUACCUCAAGGUGCAAGAAUUGAAUCUAAUGAUCAGAGACCAAAAAUACCUUUGAAUCAAUUGCUCAAUCGUCUUCCGAGAAGCGUUAUCAAGAAUGGUCAAGUAAUUGAUAUUCGUCAAAAUAUUGAACAACACUUCGUUGGUAAACAAGAAUCAACAUCUCGAUGUGAAAGUGCAACAAGUGAAUAUAAAACUGACGUUGAUAAUAAUGUUCCGUUCAGUACACUCCGUAUUCGUUCGCAUGAUGGUCAACAAACUUAUGUCAUAAAAAUGAAAAUAACAUGUACUAUAAAAAAUGUCAAACAAACCAUUGCCAAGAAAAAAAAACUAUUAUUUGAUUUUGAUUUGUUUGCAAUGGGUACAAAAUUAUUCUUUACAGAUGAAAGUCAAACGCUUGAACAAUGUGGAUUAGUACCGAACGCAACUCUAGGUAUUCGAGAAAUAAAACAUAAUACUGUGAAAAAAUAG